CAGUCCAGAGCAUCUCACCGAAGAUCCUUUCGCUUUUUUUUCACUUUCAGAAACUAUAUAUAAAGCCACCUCAAGCCAAGCAGACCCCAUGAUGCGGUAGAUCUUCUUCGACCCUCCUGAUUCUCUGAAUCGUCCUUCAAUAUUUGUCUCUUUCUCCUUUUCCCCCUGUUUGCGCUUUUUAGCAACCAAAACAUGAAGUUGGAGAACUCAAACGGAGAGAUCUUCGCCGAAAACAAUGCCUCUGAAUCCCUUGUCAGCUUCGCCAAUGGUCUUCAAUCGCCAAAUUCUGCUACGGCCAAUGGGGCCGAUGUCGAUAAAGAUGGGGAGGAGAUAUUCGUGCCUCCUCUGAACUUCGCCAUGGUCGAUAAUGGCAUUUUCAGGGCGGGGUUCCCUGAUUCUGCCAAUUUCGGAUUCUUGAAAUCUCUUCGCCUCCGCUCGGUUAUAUGUUUGUGCCCUGAACCGUAUCCAGAAGCGACUUCCGAAUUUUUGAAGGCUAAUGGAAUAAGGCUCUAUCAAUUUGGGAUCGAUGCCUUCAAGGAACCUUUUGUUAACAUCCCAGAGCAUACGGUGCGUGAAGCGUUGCAAGUAGUACUUGAUGUUAGGAACCACCCGGUGCUGAUUCAUUGCAAACGAGGAAAGCAUCGCACUGGAUGCAUAGUGGGAUGCUUAAGGAGAUUGCAGAGAUGGUGUCUAUCAUCUGUAUUUGAUGAGUACCAAAGGUUCGCUGCUGCCAAAGCUAGAGUGUCUGAUCAGAGGUUUAUAGAAUUGUUUGACAUCUCUAGCUUGAAGAACAAUCCAAUGUCUUUCUCAUGCUCAAAGAAGUAGAAACAUUGGCCUAUUUGAGAAAGCUAUGGCUUCCUCCAUGGAAACUUUCCGUGAUGAAGAGAAGACUGAAAGUUGCCUUUUUCUCUGUCUUUUUACUAUUAUCUUGGUGAAUUUGAGAGUAGAUUUUAAGUUGCAAUGUUAUGUUCUGUUUCUUAUGCUUCGCUGUUACUUUGGUCGUACGUGUGGUAUCCUCAAUGUGGCAUUUUUGUGCCAAGAUGAACCGAGUGAUUUGAUGAUGAUUUUACAACUUCCAAUUUAUAUCAGCUUAGAUUUAGCUUUUGUGACUUCAA